UUUCAGCCAGGAACCAUAGAGCAGGCAGUUAAUGAUAUACGCACAGUUGCCUUGCCUUCAGAAGAUGGUGAAGUUCUUAGUGUGUGGCUCCUACCUGAGAACUUCAAAAUGCAGUUCGUCCAGGCUGUGAGGAAAGCUCAUAAAGAAUACCCCAUCCCGUGAUGAGCCAAUGGCGUGUUGAUUCUUGAGUGCCCACUCCUGAUCGAGACUUACCUAGGCAUCUUGUCCUUUAUCAACAAUGAAGCCAAGCUGGGUUACUCAAUGACAAGGGGGAAAAUUGGCUUUUAA